UGGAUGAGGUAGUUACCUGCAGCACAGGUAAACAAAACUCAGACUAGACUGUGCACUGUGUUUACAUUUGCAUUCGGGCUCUUUCACUUGGCAGUCAGCUGCCCUGUGUACCUGAGUACGCCCUCCAAGAGCGACUGAGUUUUCAAUUGUUUGAGUGAAAGAGAAAAAAAGGACGGGCUAAGGGAAGGGCACUGGGCCAGGUUGCAGGGUUUAGCAGGUGGAAACUGUAUCGGCCUUGCUGGCCGUGGCUGCUCCUUCUUUACAAAUAAUGGUUACAAGAUAGGAGAGGAGGGCUAGAGUUUCACCCUGAGAUCCAGCUCAGCUUAAUGUCCGGGCAUGUCAGGUGUCUCGGUCAUCUCCACAAGACUCCUUUUUAACACCGCCUAACCCCGUGUUGGACUCUUAAACACCUCAGUGCAGCGCAUGUACCAGCUUUUUCUCAAUAUCUGAGAAACCCUAACACAUCUAUCAUAAUCGUACAAGAUGUGUUGAACAAGGGUGGUGAUGGGGCGGCUGUUUGAUGAUGUCAGUGCCCGUGUCGUCAUUUUUCUAAAGGGAACAGGCUAAUAUACUGUCUAUUACCUUAGACCUACAGUACUCUAUCUAGAUCUGCCUUGCCGCGUAGUUGUGUAAUAGACCUGCCAGGCGGGAGGCAAUCGUGUUUAUCCGCAUGUGAGAAAAAUGAGCGGGAGGGAGGGAUGUGAGGAGAGAUGGAGCAAUCGGAGGGGGCGUACGUCUCCUUAUACUCGCUCAUGGUUAGGGAGCUGGCAGCGCAACAAGGCUAAACAAGCCCCUCUAUGUCGAUAGUCGACUGUUUGCAUCCCCAACGCCGGCAGCUGUAUCCUGCGGCGCACAAGCGGAAAACCUGGACUCCACUUUGCUCGGCUGUGCCACAUGUCCUAGUCUUACCCUGACGCAGAGGACGCCAUCCGAGAAGAGCCACACAGGACUGCAGAGGCCCAGUGGGUGGAUGAUGUGACGAGACAGAUACCCAGCGGGACUGGUCACUGCUCAUCCAUCCAAGGCAGAUCAUGGCUACCAUGUCCCUCCUCUUCCUCACCCUUCUCCUCUUCUCCCUCCACCCUUCACCUGCCCAAGUCAUCAUCAGCUCCUCCUCCUCCUUCUCUUCCUCUCCUCUGGACUUGCCUAUGAAUUCUUCACCUCAGCCAACCAAUGAGACUCCUCAGUUUUGGCCCUCUUUUCCUUCUAGAGGACGCAGCGAUGUGCCUGUCCGAGUUACAAUUCGCGAUAGGCUUACAACUACAAAUAAGGUGCUACAGCGGCAAAGAAUGAGCCGUCCAACUGUACAGUCGCCUGCUUCCUUCAUAUCUACCCUUUCUACCCAUAACCUCAGCAGUGGGCCAAUCCUAACUCAGCCAACAUCCUCCAGGCCCAGGACUGAUAUGGCAAGCCUGGCGCUCCUUAGCACUGCUGCAAAGAGAGAGGCUCCUACAAAAGGAUCAACUCUCCCUCCGCCCACGUUACCCCCCAUCUCUGUCAUCGACUCCACAAGCAAGGAGCCUGAGCAGGGCCCAGUCAUACAGAAAGAGGUUGGAGAUUGGCAGGAUUCGGGAUCAGGUAGUACUCCAACAGUGUUUCCUGUGGAGGUGGAAUCACAUGUUCCUCGGGCAACAUUUAGCAAUGAAAUGGCCCAGUUUCGGCCACAAGCACAGACUGCAAUAUCCGAGGGUGUGGCAUUUCAAAUGGCGGAUGUGAAGACAAUGCCCACAGACAGUCAGACUGUGAAGCCCGGCCCUUUUACUCUGACAGCAUCCAAUAGGAUCGCCACCACACUGCCACCUAACACAAGAGCCACACUGUCCCCCGUUGUGACCCAGGCGACAGCUCGGACUGUGCCAUUAACAGGUGAGCUGACAGCAAACACUCCUGCUACAGACAAAAUUACACCAAAGCAGUACUCCACCACUGUGACGUUACCGGCACCCAGGACCAACACCCCCGGCUCCACCAAUAACAAGCCACUGACUGCAGUGCUGGCGGUUACUGCCCAAAGCUUGACCACGUCACAGCAAAACACCACAAAGCAAGGAGGGACACCUACAACUAUACCUAGUAUCCUUACCACUGCACAGGAAGCUGAGAGGACAUCCUCCGCAACAACCAGUCAAACUACAAAAAGAGCACAGCCAGAAAAACCUAAAACAAGCACAACCAUACGAUCAACACAAGCAGGGACCGGUCCUUCCAUCGCAGCGCCUACUGGCCGAGCAAGGUUUAGCCCCACUUAUCAGACUGGUGUUGGUCGGAGGAAUCACUCUGUUACCUUGGGACACCCUCGCCGAGCUCAUUACCCACCUGCCUCUAAUUCCCCCCCGUCUCCCAGCUCUAAUCCUUUCCCUAAUGGCACUGUGCUCCACUGGGAUGACCUGAGCCGGACGUUGGCUUUUGCCUGGGAGCUCCAUGUCUAUGGCUCAGCCAGCCUCUUCCUCCUCCUCUUUGCUGGAGCUGCUCUUGGCCUCACCCUGUCCCCUGGCAUGAACUGUCCUCACCGGGGUGCCCUUGCAUUGGCUAAUGCUCUCUUGUUUCUGGCUGGGGGUAUGAGGGCUACUCUCUUUUUCAUUGACCCCUAUGGGGCACGCCACUUCCUUCCUCGCCCAGCUGUAACUGCCCUUUACAACCUGCCUCUGCACCUGUUGGUGUGGGCACAGGCUGCCCUGGCGCUAUUGGCUUUGAGGGUGGCAGGGGUGAGUGUGUUACCUUCAACUCUGGAGCGCCCUCCUCUUGUGGCUGUGUUGGCUGUGCUGCAGUGUACCCUGCUGCUGGCUGCUGACCUCCUUUCCCCAGCCCUGUCCCCGGCUGUGCCUGUCACCUUGCAGGUACUGUCCCUGUGCUGGGGUCUGGUUCUCUGUCUGGGCUUCCUCUGCUAUGUCUUUCCACGGCUCCGCUGUCCUGCCAUCCCCCACCCUGGAAUCCCAGAGGAGGCAAGAAGAAAGACUUGGACUGGAAGCAGGAGGAUGGCACUGAUCCUUGGGAGGGUGCUGGCUGUGUGCGCUCUUCUAGGUGCACUGUGCUGUGGGUUGCAUCUCCACGCUACCCUGUGGCUCUAUGGGCUGCUAGGGGACUGGAGACGCUUCAACUGGGGAUGGUGGCUGGUGCAGUUCUGGGCCCGGCUACUGGAGCUGGCCUGGGGCUUCUCCCUCCUACUCCUGGGCUCAUGGGUGUUCUGGAGGCCUCGGGACUGUCGAGGAAGGGAAGAGGGGGGAACAGGAGAUGGGAGAGCAACAGGAGAACUGUCAUCCCCUGGCCAAUCUGCUGGAUCCCCUAACAGACAUACCUGCUGGUCCAAGAUAGUCCAAAGCCUGAGAGGGAGGCCCUGUAGGAAGUCUGAGAGUAAUGGAGUAGGAGGGGGAUCAGGAGGUGUAGGGGGAUCAGGAGGACCAGGGGAGUUGCCUAACAACUGGGCUGGCCAGGAGCGCCCUGGAGCUGACAUCAGUAAGAGUCUAAUCAGGAACCAGAACCACGAGCAGGCCACUGCCCAGCCACGCUGUGUCAAAGACAGCAACAGGGGACGCAACCAGAGGGCCCACUCAGCAGAACGAGGCUUAUCUGAUGGCUCCACAGGCUCCUUGCUGAGGCUGCAGGCAUUGGGUCGGCCCCCUCAGCGCUCACUGAGUGGCAGUAUAGAACAGGAUAAGGACACUGGGCUGUCACUGUAUGAGUUUGAUCUGCGGCCCCCUACCCCUAUUGACCUGAGCCGCAGCAUUGAUGAAGCCCUGCACAGGGAACACCUGCUCGGAGCAGGCAGCCUGUUCCGGCCUUUGUCCCCACCCUCACUGUCCCCCUCCCCAGGCUCAGGGGUCAGCCAGGGCCCCUGGCUCCGCAGGACCAGUGAUCCUCAGCUGCUUUCCGAGAGCAGUGAGGCCCAGACAGAGUCUUCCAUGCCACUAGGGGGCAGUGUGCUCAGCAGUGUACCCAGUAGGCAAGUGACUGCUCCCCCCACGCCUUCCCACCAGGGCCACGGGUGGCCUGGGGAUGCAAUAGGAAGUGUCCCAUCCUCAGUGUCCUGCCCUGUGUCCCUUCGUCCUUCUAGAACCUCCACAGGGCAUCUGGGGGAGGACGGAGGAGACGACACUCGGCCGUUCAUCACUCCGGACUCAGAGAGAGUGCGAGGGCGGGCCGGGAGACCGGUGGGGUCGCGGAGUUACCUUGAGGUCAGCCGGCAGGAUGACUCUGCCAGUGUCAGCAGUGAAAUUAUUGACCUCUAAACUCUGAAACAAUCCCAGGAAAUGAGGACCAGUGAUCACACACCAAACAUGCUGAUUUAACAACACCAUUUCUAACAAAGGCCUGGACUUGAAACUUCAACAGACACUACAAAAAAGUAAUCAGUGGACUUUCUAAAAUGAAUUCUUUGGAGAUGAAGAGGGAAAAAGAUAUAAAAGUGUCUCUGGGUGAUGAACUUGCGUAAAUAUCACCUAGUUGCCUUUUAAUUUUUUAAAGGGUAAAACAACUGUGUUGAACAGAACUGAACAGAUAUGGCUUACCUUUUACUCUGGGAGUAAAGCUGGGAGAUAUUGCACAGAUAAACAACAAAACACAUUCAUAUCCCCUUUUUUCCUGUCCUUCCCUCUCUUGCUCUCUCAAUCCCUCUGUCUCACAAACACUCUUAUGUACCACUGAUGAAGUGGUAUAAUUUCAAACAUGCUGGGACCAUACAUUUAUUUAGUCUAUCAAGGGUUGCUGUUCAGCAGGUCCCUACUUAAGAGUGGCUUGACAUUUGUGUUGGACAUUAAUAUAAUUUUACCAUAGUUUAUGAAAUGCAUACAAUAGUUUUAGAUUAUAAGCCUACCAUCAAUUCCCUGUAUGGAGCCAGUGCUUAGAACCACAAAGUGUUUUUGGGUGACAUGAAUUGAAGACUUUGGGCUGUAGGCUCCUGUAGGUCACAACCCUGUGGUUUCUGUGAAAAAUGUCUUUGAAUCAGCAAUAGUGACUUUCAUUGCUUUGAUAGUGUUCAUUUUCUGUCCAUUAUACUUCAAUUUGCGUGUGUAAAGAUGUGCCAUCCAUAACAGUCAGUGCUUGGUUCCAUGAUAUUUUUUAUAGAAAUAUAAACCCAUUACCUGGGUCAAAUCUCCAUAGUCUCUCACCCGUACAAUAGUGACUCAUAGCUGAGGAUUACUAAUUCUAGGCUCUUAAUAUACUGCUGCUGUUGUCCAGUCUGCCUUGUAUGUUAAUGUGAAACAGAUUACAUAAACAGGCAGAGAAAAACAACAGCCAGAGACACAGCUGACAUGUGAAACGCAUGCUUACCUGUGAACCUGUGCUGAGGCCUUUAGCUGUAGCUCAAAUUGUCGGUCUUCAAAAUGAGAUUUGCAGGAUUUAAAAAUGACUUUCAUGCAUUUUGUCUUGUGAUUUUGCUGUAGGGUAACGCUUUUGCAAUGGAUAAUUAUGUACCAUUGAAGCCUAUGACUGCAUUUUUGCGACAUUAUACAAUUUGAUUAAGAAUAUUAAAUGUACUCAUGAUCCUAUUGGUUGCAUUAAAUCAAUCCAAACAUUACUCUGCUUCAUCUCUUAUCUAAUUGAAUGCUACACAGCUUUGCAGGGCUGCAGCACACGUCUGGCUUAGCAUGAACCUCAAAACUCCUAUACUAGACCUAAUACAGUAACAGAGCACUUAACUCUAAGCCUGAGCACUAGAUUGAAGUAUUUUACUACUCAAGAGGAAAAUAUCUUUCGAAUAUAUGAUGUAUAAGCAACAAUGUAAAUACUGUUAUUUUUGAUGUUCAUGAAUAGAGGUGUAUUCAAAAAAAUAGAUGUAUUUACUGUGAAAGACAAUCUAAAGUGGUAUUUCUGGUGUAUUUCUGAAGUGUGAAGACAGUUGUGUGUUUUGGGAAUGACAUCAGACUGUGACCUGUUUGGGGACAUGCAGAGCCAUGACAAUUGACACCUGACUACAGAGGUUCUGCUGAGGUCUCUCUGGGCUGUGUUCAAGAUUGUGAUGUUGAAGGAGGAUUUGUAAUAUAUUAACUCUGCAGAGUCUGUACGAUUUUAAUUUUGUUGUUAUUUUUGCUGUUCAUGUUAAAUGUUAAUUUAGGGAAUGGACAGGUACUGACAAAGUACCACAAAUGGAACCAUAUUUAGUCUAGUAAGGGUUCACUUUGAAACUGUUUUUGUGAUCCUGAAAAUAGCCCAGUGGUCCCACCCUCAGUCUGAUAUUUGAAAAGUUUUAUUCCAAAGUGAGAAAUCCUCUCUUGAAAUACUAAAACCUGCAGGAAUGAAGGUGAAGUCACUGCUGGAGUUAUGAGUCAUCGCAAAAACCUUUGCCAACAAUAGCAGUUUUGAAAUAUUGACUGAUGAGUUUCAGAUAACAUUUCAAGUAGCAGAAUGGAGAAACAGUAUUUUGGAAUGAAACUUUUCUUCUGUACAUGUGCUCCCGGUGAGAGUGAGUCCAUGUAUCGCAGGAUGAGAUGUUAUCCGGUUGCCUCAGGGUGACUUACAGUACCUCCCAGUGAUGUGAGAUGCUUGAACUGUUUAGUAUUUACGGUACAAUGGCCUUGUGUUGUUGUCUACAUUCCAAUGAAUCUGUCAGAUUUCACUGUAUCAAUGCUUACUGUUGCUCUUUGUUCCUCAUGACCAGGGUGGUUCCUCCAGCAGCUACUGAAAGUUUAGGAGCCCUUAGUGUUGUCUCCCUCCCCAAAAAGCAGUAUGUGCCAUAGUUCAUACUUCAUACUAUCAAUGUGCCCCUCUCCAGUCCGUAGUCACAGUGCAGAGGUACAGAAUUCGCUAUACUUAUUCAUUUUGCUCAUUGAACUUUUGUUCUUGUUUUUUUUGUGCUGCAUCUUCAUGUCUGGUUUCAAAUAAAAAUGAGAAGACACAGA